CCUUUCGUCUUCUCCAUCAAGCAGUCAUUCCCAGACAUCAGCAUCUCCAAUCUUAAGCAUCGUUGGUCAAACUAGUGCUUUCUAUCUACCUGUAUCCCUCCGAGCCUUCCAUCAUCCAUCAUUUUGCUGCCAAGCAACCCGUACACCAUCUCUUCUUCCACCCCCCCUUCACACACUCCAUACAGCAAUGUCUGCCCCCAAAUCCAUCCUCUUCCUUGGCGCCUCGGGCGGCGUCGCCAAGACCGCCCUCGUGAGCUCCCUGGCCGCUGGAUACACGUGCGUCGCUCUGGCCCGCUCGGCCGCCAAGCUCGCCGCCGCGCUGCCCUUCCCGUCGUACCCCAACCUCACCAUCAUCGAGGGCAACGCGCGCGACCAGGCCGCCAUGGAGCGCGCCCUCGUCGUCCCGGGGUCUUCCCCUCAGCGCAUGGUCGACGCCGUCGUCAGCUCCGUCGGCAGCCUCCCGUCGCUGCGCAACGGCGGCUUCGAGGACUCGACCGUGUGCACCGUCUCCAUGGCCGCCAUGCUGGCCGCCAUGGACGCCAUCGCCGGCCGCCACCCUUCCGGCGACGGGCGCGUCCCCAGGGUAAUCUCUAUAAGCAGCACCGGCAUUUCCAAGUUCGCCCGCGACGUGCCCCUCGCCUUCGUGCCCCUCUACUGGGUCGCCCUCGCCGUGCCCCACAGGGACAAGGAGAAGAUGGAGCGCCUGCUCAUCGACGGGCCCGACGACAAGGCCGAGGGCGCUGCUGCGAGGCCCGAAUUCACCAUCAUCAGGGGCAGCUUAUACGUCGCCGACAGCGAGGCCAAACAGAAGCUCGUCCGCGUCGGUAUCGAGGACCCUGUCAAGGGCGUCGAAUCCAAGGCCAUCGGAUAUACCAUCUCGAGGGAGGCCAUCGGCCGCUGGAUCUUUACCAACCUGCUCGCCGAUGCUACCCUUGGCAAGCAGUAUUCUGGCAAGAUGGUCACUCUGACUCACUGAGGAGUGUUCAAUACCAUCGCUACCUCCUUUGCUUUCAUCUGCCUGUAUUUUUGCGCCACUUUGCGUCUACGCCUGACACAUUAUUCCUACCUCUCUCCUUUAUGGUGUGUUUCUCACUCUGUCUGCAUUAUGGGUCUGGUUUAGAUUGGGCAUCCCAGGGUUGGUUUAUUAUAUUCCUAGAGCCGGUUAGUAGUAGAUCCCAGUGAUAGUUCCCUUUGUCACAUAUGCAUGCGUUUUUGUUAAUCCUUAUCGGCAAUGGGUAUUGUGCAUCACAACUUUUAUUUUGAUAAAUAAUACCACAACCAACGCGCUACAAGAUGUUCGUGUGACAGUUACUCAUAGCCUAGGGCUGGACACAUGUUAUUGACGUGUAACCCCGAUUUCGAUGGCCCAAGAAUGGUUCGCCGUCG